AUGGAGAAAGAUGGGAAGAGCAACCUUGAAGAAGUUAUGUCUAUUGAUUCAGAGGAAGAUACAGCUCCAAAAAUUGGAGAAAAUGUAGACACUAAAGAAGAUAUAACUCCAAAAAUUGGAAUGGAGUUUGAUUCAGAGGAUGAGGCAUAUCUAUAUUAUAAUAUAUAUGUUGGAUAUGUUGGAUUCAAUAUUUGUAGAGAUUGGAAGAUAUCAGCUGCCCAAGCAGCUGAAGCUGAAUUAGCAAAUCGCUCUGGGAUUAGGCAAAAAUUACUUUUUGAGUUCAUGAGUAAACAAGCUGGAGGUAGAGAAAAUCUUGGUUUUACUCUUAAAGAUAUCAGUAAUCAUUUACAAUCUAAACGGAUGAGGGAAAUGAAAGAGGGAGAAGCAUUUACCCUUAUUCAUUAUUUUGAGAUGAGAAAGUCUGAAAAUGCUUCAUUUUUCUAUGAGAUACAGUUGGAUGUUGAUGAUCAAAUAACUAAUAUAUUUUCGGCAGAUCCUAAAAUAUUUGUGGAUUACGAUUUAUUUGGUGAUGUAGUUUGUUUUGAUACUAUGUAUCGAACCAAUAAAAACCAUAGUCCAUUGGCACCUAUAAUUGGAGUGAAUCAUCAUAGACAAUCUGUGGUCUUUGGUGUUGCAUUGUUGUAUGAUGAAAUAGCUGAAACUUUUUCGUGGUUAUUUCGAACCCUCUUAAAAGCGUCGUGUGGAAAGAAGCUAGUUGCAAUUUUUACUGAUCAAGAACCAGCAAUGGCUAAAGCAAUUGCAGAAGUGUUACCAAAAUCUCAUCAUCGUUUAUGUCGAUGGCAUAUAUAUCAAAAUGCUCUCAAAAAACUCAACAGGUAUUUUCAGAGUUCAAAUUCAUUUGCUGCCGAAUUUAAAAGUUGUAUGUGUGAUCAUGAGUAUGAGGAUACUUUUUUUCAAGCAUGGGAAUCAAUGUUAGAUAAAAAUGGUCUUUGUUGA